CUACAACCACCACCUACACGCCCUCCCUCCUCCUCCCCUUCUUCUUCCUCUUUUGUUCCUCUUUUGUUCCUCUUUUUACUCUCUCUCUUCUACAAACAUCGUCAUUUCUUCCCCUUUUCACACCAAACAAGCACAAUUCACAAAACAUUCACUGCGAAUUGUCACCACCACCAACACCUUCACUUCGACUUCACCUUCCUCCCCUCCUCCUCCGAAUACCUGGUCACCUCCGCAAUCAGACCACCAAUCCAUAAAACGGCCUACUUCCGAACUCUCUCCUCAUCCUCGGCUUCCCCCUCGCCUCUUGUUCCCGACGAUUCGCCUACAAACAAUCUCUCAAUCCGGCUGAAUUCGUCCUUGCGCCGCUCUCCUUCUAGUAUCCCUUCGAAGAGCAUCUCCAAUUGACACGCAAAAUGGGCAAGUUCAAGAUGCCCACCUGGCUCCAUGGCCAUCCGCCUCCCGCCUCCGACACGCAGCGCAAAAAGAACAACCGCAAGUCCCUCUCCUCCAGCUUCACCACAAACGGCAAGACGAGCGCCACCCUCGUCGUCCCCGAGCUCGACGAUGCCGCCUCCAAGCAGUCCUCCGACAUUUCCUCCCAAAUGGUCCUCCUCGCUCGCAUCAUUAGCGAGCAGACGGCCAAGCUCGAAAAUUACAUGCGCACCCACGAUCUCCCUAGUCCGGGGCUGACCUCCGGAUCACCGGCCGACUUUCCGCGCCUUCCAGACGACAUGCAAGACGCGCGCAUGAAGAUCAUUUUUGCCACAAAGGAGCUUUCUGCGCUGGCCCACGGCCCGCGGGAGAGUGUCCGAUGGGGCGUCUGGGGUUUUUUGGACGUUCUCAGUCUGCAAAUCAUUAACCACUACAGAAUUGCCAACUUGGUCCCCGUGGACGGCGAAAUCUCCUACAAGGACCUGCAAACCAAAACCACCCUCGAUCCCAUCAACCUCGCCCGUAUCGUGCGACAUGCCAUGACAAACUACAUCUUCCACGAGCCCAAGCCCGGCUUCGUCGCGCACACGGCCGCCUCGCGCGUCCUCGCUGAAGACCCCGACCUCCAAGACUGGAUCGGUUUUAAUUCUGAAGACAUCUUCCCCUCGGCCGGCAGCACCAUUGACGCCCUCAAGACACAUCCCGAAGCCACCUCGCUCACCCGCUCAGGCUUCACCUUUGCCUUUGACACUGUCGACAAGGAGUCCAUGUUUGCCACAAUCGGCAAAGAGCCCGUCCGCGCAAAGCGUCUCGCCGGCGCCAUGGCCAGUUUGACCGGCGGCGAGGGCUACGAGAUUCACCACUUUGUCAACCAUGUUAACCUAGAAGAGGUUGACGCUGCGGGUGGCACCUUUGUCGAUAUCGGCGGCAGCCACGGCUUCAUGUCGGUGGCCCUCGCUAAAAAGUGGAAGAAGAUGAAGUUUGUUGUCCAAGACCUGCAAAAGACGAUUGAAAGCGCCCCGACGCCCAUUUGCGAAGAUGCCGACGUGGCCGGCCGUAUUGAGCUCCAGACUCACGACUUUUUUACAGAGCAGCCCGUUAGAGGAGCUGAUGUGUACUUUUUCCGCUGGAUUAUUCACAACUACUCAACGCCGUAUGCCGUCAAGAUUCUCAAGAGCCUCGUGCCCUCGCUCAAGCCGGGUGCACGCAUUCUCAUCAACGAUAACUGUUUGAGACCUGUGGGUGCUGAGAACCCGUGGGACGAGAAGAUUACGCGCGGCAUGGAUCUCAUUAUGCUGGUGCUGUUGAAUGCGCAGGAGCGUGAUGAGGAGGAGUUUCGCAAGCUGUUCCACGAAGCGGACCCCCGAUUUGAGUUUAAAGGCGUAUCGCGCAGUGAAGGCUGCCGCAUGAGUGUGGUAGAGGCAGUAUGGAACCCCAAGGAGGCGGAAGACGACGAUGAGGAGGAGGAGUAAACCCAGAUCAGAGACGGAAGAGGGAAAGUGAAAGAUUUCAGACACGGCGCAGCAUAAUUAUAGCAGCGCGAAGCUGCGGCAGAGCGGAUGGCAGCAUAAUGAAUGGCACGACACUCUAUAUAUAUAUACCAACACAAUACAAUACACUGAGUUAUACCC